AUGAUGUUAUUACAAGCAGCAUUUAGUGGGACUCUGAAAAUUUAUUAUUUGGAAAACCUAACGCCGAUCAAAUCUCCAAAGAUUCUCUGCUGGAUUACUACCAUUAAAGAAAACCAUGAAACGAAAGCUGCAAUUGUUAAGAAAACUUGGUGUUUCAAAUGCGACAAAUGUAUUUUCAUAUCAUCCGAGGCUGAUGUUACGCUACCAGCAGUAAGGCUAAAUAUCACUGAAGGAAGAGAUUAUUUGUGGGGUAAAACAAAAACUGCAUUAAAUUACAUAUAUAAUCAUUACACUUCUUACGAGUGGUAUUUGAAGGCUGACGACGACACCUAUGUAAUUGUUGAAAAUUUAAAGUUCAAAAUAAACGUUACUGUUUACACUUUAUCAGUCAACCAGAAAGACGACUUUUUGAUGAAUAUUGAACAUCCUACCAUAUUACGGUAUUUCUUAUAUAACCAGUCAUGUGAGGAACCAGUUUAUUUUGGUGGAAGGCUUGAUGCAGAAAUAAAAAAUGGAUAUAUGAGCGGCGGCGCUGGUUACGUUCUUUCGCGUUAUGCACUAAAAAAAUUUGUAACUGAAGGAUUGCCAGACAGAAAUAAUUGUGCCUUUUAUAAUAAACUCUACGAAGACGUGGAACUGGCACGAUGUUUGGAAAAAAUUGGAGUGCAGCGUGGCGAGUCAAGAGAUGUGGAAAAGAAACACAGAUUUUUGGCAGAAAGCCCAGAAGCUCUUAUUGCUGGAGACGACAACUGGCUUCGGAACUGGACAUUUUACCCCAUGGGAGCGGUAUGCGUUAGACAUUCUACGUCAAGCAGUUCGAGUUAUACAUUUAAUUGA